AUAAACUAGUCAAAGGCAAGGCGCAAGCUGUCGAAGAGGACGACGAAGAGGCCGAGCUUCGCAAGCUGCAGGCGGAGAUGGCUAUGUAAGGAUGUCGGGUGUGAGGCGAUCCUGCGGGGAUGGCCGAGAACGAUGGCAUAGCAUUCCUGGUUCGGGAUGGAGCUUCUAGAGGCUUUACAUGAGAAUUGCGGCGCGAUGGGAUAAGCAGGUCGAAUAUCACAGCUGCCCAGAGGAGUGGAUACUGCACGACACACUCGAUAUACACGAACAUGCUCACCACCAACGACGACUACGACUUCGAAGCGGCCCUCGUUCACAUGUUUCUCAGCUACCUGCCCCUCUUUCUCAGACCUGUCUACUGGCGUUGGCGUUUUGGGUUACGUGGGUGUCAUUCGAUAGGAAUCUCGCGGUUGUGGAGGCUGAUGGGAGGGAGUUUGACGAGCUUUUCUGGUUUGCUGGAGUGGCACUUUUUACAGUCUCUGAGUACUACGUACACCUUACUUUUUUCAUAGAAGACAUAUUGAUUGUUGUUGAGAAGCUAUUUGCAAAACCGUUGUCGUCACGCGGGGACCAUGCAGACUGCGCAUUGGCGCCAUUCCUCUCGGUGAAGCACUACUUGCGGGCUAAUUCGUCGGAAGCGCUGCGGCAUCGCAGCGGUGUCAAGUCCGGUGAGCAAGCGGGCGAGACAUUCUCUCGCCGGCCCACCGGCAAUGCCAAGUUCGCUGUCUCAAAGGGAUCCCCACCAGACCGGUACCGGGACAGGAGCCAUCUCUCACGUGUCUCGGCACACCGCCAGUCGUCAGGAGUGACCGAUCGCGAGCCGGAGUGUUGGAACCCCACGAUCAUUCCCACCCCCGUAGCACAGUGACAGACUGCGGUGCUGAGGUGGCGGGUGUCAGUAUUGCGGAGGACUCGGCUGCCUCUUCCGACUCGCGUAGUCUACGGAGUAUAGCGUACAAACAGGAUCCUUGAUGUGAUCCGGAUCCUUAUCAUUGCAAUCACGAUGUGGGCUCGAUCAUCGUAAGAGGUCAAAUGAGGCUUUCAUAUACG